AUGAGUGAAUACCUUCCAACAUUUCCGGCUUUCAUCGAACCAGUUUUGCGCCAAGCCAGGCGCUUCUCGUCACGAGCGCCUGCAGACGAGCAGCCAGGGAUACUGAUCGAACCUCCGCCAACUGCUGCAGGCUAUUUCCCUAUGGUUCAAGUGCCUGAUUUUCAACGUUUCUACCCUUCACGUUUCUGGCAUACCAACACUCUUCCUCCGCAUGGACGGGACGAGACAACAGAAGGCACCUGGCAAUCAUUGGCCAGGAACAUUCAACUAUGGGCUAACCAGAUAAACAAUCUCGACGUCAUCCCUUCACCUCCCCUCGAUGCGAUGCCGGGGAGUGCAAUCGACGAAGAUGAUGCGAAUGUGGCUUUCCCACCACUCGAUUUCUCUGUCCCGACGCCUGCACGACCUGUGCGACUCGAAGAACAUCGAACGGACAGUGAAACCUCCCUCAACCCUGCCGAGGAACUGCCCUACAGAUCAAGAGCAUUGGCCCAGGCUCAGAUCGACCGUGGUCAUUCGCAAUCAGACCCCAUCUCCCAUCCUGGAAUGUUGCAGCCAGCUGCCCGCCUCGAUCCUCAAGUGCCGAUCGGGGAGGAUGACGAGUACAGAAGAAGAGAUGGAUCGGGACAAUUGCCAGAAGACGAUGGCAUGGGUGAUCUGAGGCAAAGGAUAAGCGCGAUCAUGGCUGGUCAGGGCAACCCUGCUGAGAAGUCCAAAUUAAUCCAUAUCCUGAUGAACGAGAAGUACAGAAAUGCUCAUUCUCCACCACCGAGCAGGGGCAGACCACGUCCACAGCAUGUCGAGCAUUCAACACUGCUCACGUCCCCUAGCUCAAGCCAGAUGGGCCACACGAUGUUCAACCUCUCGGCAGCUGACCUCAACCCGACUUGCGCUCCUCCAGACGUCGACGAAGAUGGAACAGUACAACAACAACCUGAUCUGGGCUGCCAACACUAUAAGCGGAAUAUCAAGAUGCAAUGUGCCACUUGCGAGAAAUGGUACACGUGCAGGCUUUGCCACGACGAGGUUGAAGAUCAUACACUACCUAGACGGGAUACACGAUUUAUGGCCGAGACCACCCAUAAAUGUAUUGAAAAGAGUACAAAGAGUGACUGUCCCAUCUGCGGCGACUACAUGUUCACUUCCAAUCGUCCUGUGGCCUUCAUGAAAUGUGGUCACAGCAUUCAUGAGACAUGCUUCAAUGACUGGUGCAAGACUAGCUACAAAUGUCCCAUCUGCUCAAAGAGCAUAGCCAACAUGGAGAGCCAGUUCAGACGUCUCGACAGGCACAUUGAAGAACAGCCAAUGCCUGAAGAAUAUCAGAACAAUCGUGCCUAUGUCUUUUGUAAUGAUUGUAAUAGCAGGAGUAUUACCAAACAUCACUGGCUUGGAACCAAAUGCUCAAUCUGUGAUUCCUACAACACAACACAACUUGAGCUAUUAGGUCCAGAGCAGACUCCUCAGCAAAUGCGCGAGCUAACUGAACGUGCGCAGGAGUUUGGUGAAGCUGGUCUAACAGCCAGUCAAACUCAAACUCCUGUCAACGAACUGACCUCACCAGCCAUGGAUGUGCCUCCGAACAUACUCAAUACCGUGCAGAAUACUAGAGCGCAGUCGCCUCAAUCUCCUCAUCUUCUUCCUCACUCUCCUACUAGAUCAGCAAGGUCAAUCACUCCCGUGGUGGGAAGCUAUUUCGGAACAGGCCAAAGGGUUGAGCCGGAUCGACGAAAUAGCUAUUUCAGCAUAUUUAGUGCCGGUCAGCCAGCUACACCACAAGGUUCAGGACAUAACAACGAUGACAAUGAAAUGGAUUUCUGGGGUGGCCGUAGCAUGAGAAGCCAAGAUGCAGAUAUGGAGGAGCUUGAUGCCUCUGACGGCUCAAGUAGCAGCAGUAGCGACGAACAUAUGAUGGAUGACGAAGACGAUGCGGGAGAGGAUUUGAUGGAUUUACCUGGCCACCGCUGA